CGCUCCCGCUCCCUCUCCCGCUCCCGGUCCCGGUCCCGCUCCCGUUCCCUUUCCCGCUCCCGUUCCCACUCCCUCUCCCUCUCCCGCUCCCGUUCCCUCUCCCGCUCCCUCUCCCGCCGCCUCUCCCUCUCCCGUUCCCGCUCCCGUUCCCGCUCCCUCUCCCUCUCCCGCUCCCGUUCCCGCUCCCUCUCCCGCUCCCUCUCCCGCUCCCGUUCCCGCUCCCGUUCCCGCUCCCUCUCCCGUUCCCUCUCCCGUUCCCUCUCCCGCUCCCGUUCCCGCUCCCGUUCCCUCUCCCGUUCCCGCUCCCUCUCCCGUUCCCGCUCCCGUUCCCGCUCCUGCUCCCGUUCCCGUUCCCGCUCCCGCGCGCUCUGCCCUGCCCUGCCCUGCCCUGCGCGGUCCCGCCCGCGGGGGACGCUCCGGGCGGCUCUCGGUCUCUGCUGCGGUGCCGGGCUCUCCUCGCGUUUCCGGACACGGCUCUUCUCUGCUGGCCCGGUCCGUCUCCCCUUCCCGCUGGGCCCUUUCGGAACAGCCGUGGCACAGCCACGAGUGAGCUCCCUUUUGUGGCUCCUCGCCGUGAGACCCCGACACCCCCGCGCGGAUGUGACCCCCACACUGUCCAGGUACAAAGCACCCGAGGCUCAGAGGGUACAGGUCCAGCCCAGCAUAAUGCUCAACAUCAGCAAGGAGCACCUGGCCCCCACAGCUGAUCUGCACAACUUCUCUGUGUGCAGCAGCAUUUGUCCUUGUUCUGUGACUGGAUUGCUGUGGAUUCCCGGUGCUGUGCAGAGAACUGGAAUGAAACCCUGGACAGCUUUUCCCCUUGGAAGUUGCAGGAAUCCUGUCCCACAAUGCCAUCUAUCCAGCUGCCCCUGCUACUCCUCUGCUUGACCUCGUGUGGUGUUUGCUUCAACGGGGGACACCUCCUUCCAGAGGAAAGGGAAAACAUGGGAAAAAGUCCCCUGGAUGACAUCCUUGCGAGACCUGAAAGCCUCACUCUUCAGUCUGUCUUCAAGAAAGCUGAAAAGGAAGAAGAGAUUAAUAAAGAAUCAAAUGCCCCUCUGUUACAAUGGCUUUCCAAAAGACAACACCCUGGGAAAAAGUAUCUAAGUAACCUGAAGAAGAGACAGCAUCCUGGAAAAAGAGAUAUUGUGGAAGAGACAUCCUAUGGAGACAUUCGGAAGAGGCAGCAUCCAGGAAAAAGAGAGAUGGAAGAUGACCUUGAUGUCUAUCUGGAGCUGAAAAGACAACAGCCUCCUGGCAGAAAGUCACAGUUGGAUCGGUUUGCUAACAGCCCUAGGGCACAGCUAACCUACAUGGAUGAGUUAUCCAAAAAAGAACAUCCAGACAGAAGGUAUCCAAUGUACAAGCACCAGCGUCCUAGCAAAAGAGGCUGGAAUUAUGAGGUAGAAUACAGUGAGAAACACCAGCAUCCUGGAGAAAGGCACUGGAAUUCUGCCAGCUCAGAUGACACAGGCCAUCAGGCGUCAUUCACCUGUCACAAAGGCAGCUUGUUGCUUGAUUUAGUAGAUGUUAGCAGAGACAGGGUAGAAGAAAAGCGUCAGCACCCAGGAAAGAACUCAGCAUUGGAGAGUGAAAAAGAGGAAUGAGAAAAUAAUUGUGUAGCACUUGCAUUUGGUGUAGUAAAUUGCCAGAUCACCAAAACAUUCUGUUCACUCAUUUUUGCCUUCCUGUUGCUGACCUCUGCACCUACCUUUCAGUGUGUUAAUGUCCCCAUCCAAGUUAAUGGCUUUGUCACACACUUAAAGCAAAGGAACUAAAGGACCCAUCUGAAUGGAACAGGCUGAGAAUCUUCAAUUCCCCCACUUUAGGAAGAGUGCUUAUUUUCUCAGGAGCCCAGACCCCAGAAUAAUCCAACUAUGUGUUCCUAAUUGACUGAAACAGGCUUGUAAAUUUCUGUUCUGAUGCUACUGAAAUAGAAUAAUUAUACGGUUUCCUCUCACCUCAGUGAAAUCAGUAAAUAGUGAGGGAGAAAAAAACAUAUGCCAAUUGUUUCAAAAUUAAAUAGAGCAGUUUUUCAGUUCUAUAUGAUAACAUUCUGGACACCUGAGUCCUUGUACACUACAAUCUGUCCAGACAGUAAGCACUAGAGAGAGACAGGAACAGUUUCAACUGGAACAAAAUAAAUGAAUGACUUGAUAGUCUGACUUGGAACUGGCACAGGAAAACCCUUUUCACCUAAGAUGCUACAGAGUGCAAACGGUUAAUACAUCCCUGGACAUCUAAAGCACAGCAGUGAUCCCCCUGACUGUGUACAGCCCACACUAGAACUCCCACCCUGGUGUGUCCACACUUCAGUCAUGCCCCUUGAAAUCAUGCCUUCUCCUCAGACAUUUAAUAAUAAAGCAAGAAGAAAUCCUUUCCAGUGAGGAUUUCUGACUUCUCUCAAAGGAAUGCUUUUACUUUCUGUGGUCAGACUUCCAAAAGUGUUUACUUGAUAUGAAUUAUUCAAUAAACAUAAAUAGUCAACUCUGGUGUCCUUAUUGGUUAUGCAAACACACUGGAAUAGCAUGAAAAACAUA